AUGAAGAUCGCCGGUCUCCUGAUCGUCGCCCUCCUCCCCGCUGCCGUCCUGCUCUCUGCGGCUGCGGCUGCGGCGGCGGCGACGGCUGUGAAGGAGCCGGGGAGGGCCCCCAUCCCUGCGAACCACGGGAGGAAGCUGGCCGUUGGGGACGUCCCCAAGAAGAGAGAGCUCUGGAUGGCAGAAGAGCACCGCCAUGGAAUGAUGAGAGCUGGGCCGGCGACUGUGGUCUCCGCCGCCGAGGACGGUGCCGGGUCGACGUCGCCGCCGGAGGAAGGGAAGUUCGCCGGAAAGAACUACAAGAUAUGCCUGACCCCCGGGCCAUGCUACAAGAAGAAGCUGGUCUGCCCCAAGCAAUGCAGCGGCGGGGGCGGCAGGCUUCAGACGAACCACAUCCCCGGGUGGACCUGCAUCCUCGACUGCAAAAAGUGCACCGCCCGCUGCUAG